AUGCUUACGCUGACCUCUGAUGCACAGUUCACAUGCAUGUUCACUACUGUGGCAGGAGGCUAUGAAUUUAGCAAACGCCUCGGUGUCGAACCCGGACCAGGAAAGGCCAACUGGAUAGCCGCUGCAUACGGCGCUAUGGUCUUGAUCAGCGGCCGACUAGGAGCCGUGUAUGGCCACAACAACUCCAUGUUCGUCGGAGCCACCAGCAUUGCCCUCUUCUCGCUCACGACAGCGUUCUGCCGAACAUAUGAUUCAUUUGUAGCGAUGAGAGCAAUGUCUGGUAUUGGAGGAGGGCUCCUCAUGCCUAACGCUGUCGCAACCCUGAUGAUCAUGAUCCCACCAGGCUUAACGCGCAAUGCGACGCUUGCGGUAUUUGCUGCCUCCCCGCCAGUGGGUGCUUUGAUCGGGGCCCUCCUCGCUGGCGUAUUCUUGGGUCAGGGCGAUUGGAAAUGGCUUUUUAUCGUGAUUUCGCUACUUAUGGUUGCCACAGUAGUACCCCUGUUCUGCCUCCUACCUAAGGAGGAACCGGUCGAUAAACAUGGGAAAAUUGAUCUCAUGGGAAUCUUCCUUGGUCUGAGUGGCUUAAUUCUGUUCAGCUUUGCUUGGAACCAAGCACCUGCUUCGGGUUGGGAUACUCCGUACAUAAUUGCGAUCACAGUACUAUCUCUGGUACUCCUCGGUGCAUUCUUCGUUUGGGAGAGCAGGUUCGCCACAGAACCCAUCAUGCCCCUCAAAGUCUUUGCCGCACCAACCUUCACGGCCCUUAUCAUCGUCGUGCUAGUGACUUAUAUGUCAGUUGGGAUUUUCCUCUGGUACAUGGUCGCGUGGCAGCAGCUCAUCCGAGGCUGGACUGUCCUUGAGACAGCAGUGGGAUGGGUCCCUUUUGCCGUCGGUGCAUCCUGUGCUGUGGCUCUCGCAGCCGUGUUGAUUCCCCGGCUAGAAGCACAGUGGAUCCUGUGUAUCGGUGUCCUUACUUCUCUUGCAUCUUUGAUACUUCUGGCGACUAUGCCUGCACAGCAGCUGUACUGGAAACAGACGUUCCCGGCAAUUUUUCUCGCAAGCAUGUGCCCUGAUCUUGUCUACGUUGCUGCUCAGAUCAUUGCCAGCAACAGUGUUGGCAAGAGAGAGCAAGGUGUCGCUGGUAGUCUCAUUGGGACCCUCAACCUUUAUGGAAACAGUCUAGGUUUAGGUAUAGCAGGUACUGUGGAAGUCGAGGUUGUCAGGAGAGGCGCAAGCGAGCUCUGGGGUUUCCGUUCGGCUCUUUAUUUCGGAGUUGCACUGACUGUCAUCGCAUUGGUACUCAAUCUUUUGUUCGUCCGCGUGCCCAAGGACGAGCAUAGCGAGUGGAAAGCUGAAGCAGACAAUUCUGCUUGA